AUGCAGCACAUACAUUUCAGCUUCGGCUGGAAAGGCUCCAUUCACCCUGCUCGUUCCACGCUGACCGAUUCCGUGGUCAAUUUAGAGGCAAAUUUAGCUCUCGCCAACAACCAGCUCGGAGUCCAGAUUAUCCAGACCAUCGCCAACGUCGUCGCAGUCGGCCUCACCUUCCUCACCUUGUUGUGGUGGUUUGUUCAGCAUUAUCUCAUCUAUAAGAGGGGCCACGUCGCGUACAAGCAUCUCGUCCGUGACCACUCUCAAAGAGUGAGAUUUCCAAUGCCUCCAGCCGACCUUUCCGCCUUGUACACACGAGUCUCGCACCUCGCAAUGUCCGACCUCCAGCGGGAUAUGGACGUUCUCAUCACCGAACUCAGGAUAAGGCCUCAGAGAUUACGGGUCCAAUGCACUAUGGAGGAACUGAGAGAGAUAUUCGAGUUUCCAGAAGAGAGAAACCCUCCUGUUUAA